AUACAGAAGGAUUUGUGAUACCAAGCCUGACUGUUGGAGACUCUGGUCUUAGUGAUUGGGAUGACCCAAAUUUAAAAGAUCUCAAGCCUCCUUCAAAGGGUGUCAAGGCAGAGGAAAAGAUCUACCUGGGACCACACGGUGCUCCUCCUUCGCAAGUUAAACAUCAAGAUCUGAAUGCGGCAGGGCGCAAGCAGAGAUUCAAGCAGAAACUGAAGGAAGCUGACCAUAAAUAUUCCGGAACAGGUCGCGAGAACAAGGUUCAAACUAUACGGGAGCUUGUAGGUGGUAAGGUCAGCAGCAACACAAUGCCGAAGAAUUCUCCACGUGAAUGGCUCGAUCCACAUUGCCAUGAAUCUCAUUUUGAGAGGUACUCCCACUGAGUGUUUUAGUUUCUGAGGAUUAAUUGAAUAUUUCUUGACCAUUUCUGCUCACAUAGUUUGCUAAAUUAUCUGCAUGUUUUCCAACUAUAAAACCUGGAUAUUUUCUAUGCGUUCUGUCUGCUGGUACUUUAUCAAUGCUUUCAAGCCUUUGACCUUAAGUA